UUUCCUGCUCUUUACUCAGCAGGCAGCAGCAGUCUGCCCUCAUCACUCCUUGUCUUUAUAUCCUUUGCUCGUACUGCCGGCGUGCUGUUUUUUUGUUGCGAAAGGGAAAAUUCACAUUCUCUCAGGCUGGAGUCACUCGUUCUCACCAAUGGAUGGAGUUUAUUCCCCAGCAAGCACGGUGACUUCUUAAAAACUUCACACACUGUGCUGGGUGCUCCUCCUGGAGUUUUCAGGGGGAUGGAGCAGCUCGGAGGUGCAGGGGGGGGAACAGAAAGCCCCAGCCUUCGGGACAGCACCAGCCCCGAGGAGAGAGGGGAGAGCCCCGCCUCCAGUGGCCCCCCACCGUGCAAGUCAAGCCGUGUGGAAGUCAACGGCAGCCCCGCAGCUCCGCGUACCAGGCAGAAUGGCACACCGCUGAGACCACUUGGAGGUUUGAUGAUCCCGGUCUACUGUGUGGUGGAGCGUGCAGAUGUGGGCGUAGCCGGUGACUGUGAGGGGCACAGCGACCGUCACGCUGAGUUUGUGUUGGUUCGUAAGGACGUCCUCUUCACACAGCUGGUAGAGACGGCACUGGUCGCUCUGGGAUACUCUCACAGCUCAGCUGUACAGGCAAGUGGCAUCAUUAAAGUGGGCCGGUGGAAACCAAUGCCCAUCCACUUCCUAACAGACGCUCCGGAGGCCACAGUGGCCGACAUGCUGCUUGAUGUCUACCACAUGGUCACACUGCGGAUCCUACUGUACAGCUUUGCCCGGCUUGAGGAGCUGCCAUCAGAGCAGUGGACCCACGCUACAGUGAGGAACGCCCUCAAAGAGCUGCUCAGAGAGACCAACCAAAGCACGCUGGCCAAGGAGUGUCCUCUCUCCCAGAGUAUGAUCUCAGCGAUAGUAAACAGUUCCUAUUAUGCCAACGUCUCCACCUCCAAAUGCCAGGAGUUUGGACGCUGGUACAAGAGAUACAAACGCAUCAAAGGUGACUACAUGGAGAAGAUGUGGUCAGUACAGGACAAAUCCGAUAUAAAAGUGGAGAGGGAUUUGGACAUGAGCGUCCUCAGCCAGCGUCCUCCCUCUCUCUUACCCUCUCCCACCCAUUUGGGCAGCCUGGGCGGCCCCGGAGCUCUGUCCAUCAAGAGUGGCCUCGGGGACACUCAGACCUCCACCCAGCCUCACUGUCUUCCUCGUCCAGCCAGCCAGCACCACCCCAGUCCUCCGCUUCGUCCCCAGGCUCCGCCUCUCCUGGGCCACAGCGGGCUCCUGUCUCCCCAUCUCUCCCCUCAGCUCGUGCGUCAGCAGCUGGCCAUGGCCCACCUCAUCAACCAGCAGCUAGCAGUCAGCCGCCUGCUCGCCCACCAGCACCCACAGGGAGUCAACCAGCAGUUUCUCAACCACCCGCCCAUUUCGCGGACCUGCAAGGGCUCCGGGGCUGUUCCUGAGCCCGGCCUCAACUGCUCAGGGGGCGAAGUCUCCUUCGACAUUUACCAGCAAGUCAGGAAUGAGCUGAAGAGGGCCAGCGUUUCCCAGGCCGUGUUCGCCCGCGUGGCUUUUAACCGCACACAGCAGGGGUUGCUGUCAGAGAUCCUUCGUAAGGAGGAGGAUCCUCGCUCGGCCUCCCAGUCGCUGCUGGUCAACCUAAAGGCCAUGCAGAACUUCCUCAACUUGCCAGAGGGCGAGCGAGACCGCAUCUACCAGGAGGAGAGAGAGAGGAGCACCAACACCAACCAUAACCACUCCACCAACCUCAUGCCCAACACCAACACACACAGACACGCACAGACAAAGUGCAUCAUGUCUGACGCAGAGCUGCCACUGAAGCUGGACUCACCGCUGAACAUCACGUCAGGGAUCUAUGAAGAGAUCCAACAGGAGAUGAAGAGGGCGAAGGUCUCCCAGGCUCUGUUCGCCAAGGUGGCUGCCAACAAAAGUCAGGGUUGGCUGUGUGAGCUGCUCAGGUGGAAAGAGAGCCCGAGCCCCGAGAACCGCACACUGUGGGAGAACUUGUGCACCAUCAGGAGGUUCCUGGGGUUACAGCAGGCGGACAGAGACCAGGUCUAUGAGGAAGAGUCGAGGCAGCAGCACAGCGAGAGACUCCACACCGUCCUGCACAUCCCAGACCAGCAGGCACUCCACAGACAGCCCAUGCCCCCUCUGACCACUCCAUCUCCAAUUCAUGAAGACCCACAGCCCAACCCAUUGCUCAUCUUGCGUGGCUCAGAAGACAGGCCCCAGCCUGGGACGAGCCCUGGCCUUGGAGGGGGAGGACCAAAGAAGGCCCGAUCACGGACACGGAUUUCCCUUGAGGCCCUGGGAAUCCUGCAGAGCUUCAUUGGCGAUGUGGGGCUCUACCCUGACCAGGAGGCCAUCCACACCCUGUCAGCCCAGCUGGAUCUACCCAAGCACACCAUCGUCAAAUUCUUCCAGAACCAGCGCUACAAUGUCAAGCACCACAGCCAGGUCAGAGAGACCGUCCCCGGAGAGGAUGACCGGGAGAGCUUGAGUCCUACCGAGGGAGGCAUCGGCACGGCGGAGAGUCGAGGGGAGGAGGGUCUUUCUGCAUCUGAGGAGUCAAGUGAGGAUGGGAGAGGAUCAGUGGAGGUGUUCAGAACAGAGGGAGGAGAUGGAAGAGAAGAAAGAGAUGUGGAGAUGGAGAAGGAAGAAGGGGAUGAUGGGAAAGCCUCAGGGCCAGCUGCUUCCUCCCUGUCCCCCUACAGCAGUCUGGACAGCCCCCACUCUGCAGAGCAACAGAGAUAACAGCAGAGAAAACAGUCAGAGAGAACUGAGGAAAAGAUGGAAGCAAAGGACACCAUCAAACUGUGAAGAAACACAUUUUCAUCACCUUUACCAGAGCUGGUGAUCAGAGCUCUCUAAUAUCUGAACAGCUGUGGAAAAUAUUUAAGUAAGGUUUGACUGAAAAGGGACCCAAAGGUAUUAGCACUACCUUCAGAUAGAGUAUUUUUGGUUUGAUACUACCUGUAGACAUUAUUUGGGAUAAUAUUUAAUAGCACUCAAAGAGAAAACAUGUCCUCUCAAAUUUUCAGUAUUUCACCUGGUUGUUCCUGGUAAAGAUGGGAAUGCAUUAACUCAUCACUACACUAUGCUGAAACACAACUGAAUUCUUGAGUUGGUUUUUUAGUGAUACUCCACCUCAAACACUUAAAACCUAUGAAGGCUUUAAAGGUGACUGUAAAAACUGUAAAAAGACGGCGGCACAAUCCACUUCUUUAACAGUUCUGUCAAGUAUUACUGAGUACACAGCUAAAGUAUUAGCCGUAAAGUUGUGAAGUAUUUUGACAAAUGGAUACUGAUUUAUGGAAAGGAGGAGUGGAUUAUGCUGGUUUGAGUUUAGAUAAAAAUAGUUUCCACCAUAGAAAUCUUCAGCUACCUUGUUUAUUUAUGUAAGUUUUUCUUUAUUAUGUUUACAGGUAAAGUGCUUGAUUAAAAAACAUUUGUUUGGAGGUUUUCUUUAAGGUCGGGGAAGGCAGGUUUCAGAUGAACAAAACUGGAAUUGACCCCAAGUCCCACCCUAUUGGCUCUGUGCUCCAACAGUAAAGCAAGCCUCAGUCAGAACCUUAGCUAGCUAUCUACAUCGAUUGUUAGCUAGCUAGUUACAUCUGAAAUUUGUGGCAAAAUGUUACAAAAUGCUAGCUAACGAUCUAGCUAAUUCACAUCAAUCAUUAGUUUGUGUUAAUAAGUUAAUAAUGGAUUCAUAGAACUAUUAAUAGAUUAUUAAAACCAUCUAUUAAGAGUUAAUAUUAGUAUUAGUUAGUACUAUAUUUGUGUGCAGGUUUUCCAACUUGUCCACGUUACUGUCACUGAAUGUCUCGUACAGACAGAAGAGGUUGUCAAUGUUAAAUAGCGAGAAAAAGCCCCCCUUUUAAGUCCCGCCCCUUUGAGUUAAGCUAGUUACAUCUGAAAGCUAAUGUUAGGAAAACAGUAGCUAACUAGCGAGCUAAUGUGCAUCAAUCAUCAGCUUGCUAGCUGAAUCUGAAACGCAGCGUAAAGGAGAACGUUUACCGAGGUUCUGACCGAGGCUGGCUCAACUCCUAUUGGACCACAGAGCAAAAAGGGGCGGGACUUAGGAGGUCAGUUGCAGUCUACCCACAUACAGUAUAACAGUUUGGAGUCUACUGCCAACCUUACAAAACUCGCCUCACUGAAGCUUCUGAACGAACCCCUCCAACCACACAGUUCUGAUCUUCCUGGUCAGAUAUUAAUAUUACGUCCACGCACAUCGGUACGCUGCAGCCAGAUAGGAUCUUCUGUCUGAGCAGAGGUUAAAACACUUGGCUCAUAUCGGUCUUCUUGGACCAAGAAUGAACUGUACUGACAUAGGGCAGUAGUACCUCACGAGAAGGGCAUUCACCUGGGAAAUACACACAGGCCAAUAACACUAGCACCUCCACCCAGACUCUGAAUACAUUUUUUAAAAUAUAAGUUCAGCUAAGUUCUCUGUGAAACCCAGGCCUUGACUGACAGUAAAUCAGUUCCACACUACACUCCCAUUGAUAUUUAUUACUAACUUUAUAUUUACUAAAAUCUAGAGUAUUGUUGUAAUUACACGUUUGGUAUUAUUUUCUUUGAUAUGACUACAAAGGUUUUUGUAAAUGUGAUAGAAAAAUGGACAAGCAAGCGUGAAGAAGUUUGAACUCAGUGUUACACAGUUUAUGUUUUAAAAGUAUGAUCCUUUAUUUACUUUCUAAAGCAGACUGGAAGGGAAACUGUUUUCUAGUGGACAUUUAUGUACAUUAUGAUGUAAAUGUUGACAAUUCACCUGCAACAACGGAAUCUGUCAUCAUAUGUGGGAUGCAACCACUGUCACUUAACACUGUUUGUGUAAUUUGUGCUACUAAGGAACAGGGUAUGAAAACACAUUAUUUGCAUUUACGGUCUGUUUCGUCUCUGUCCUGGAUGGAGCACAAAGAAUUUCUGAUUUGUUCCACUUUUGAUGUUUAAUCAUUGUUCUGAUUCUGUUGUGGGCAGGACAUGCAAUUCUUAUAAAACUUUUCUAAAAGUA